AUGCGUUUCACUGAUCUCCUCCUCGCCAGCGCUGGCGCUACUCUUGCCCUGGCUGCCCCUUCCACCAAGCGGGCUACAGGCAAGUUCCUCUUCACUGGUGCCAAUGAGUCCGGUGGUGAGUUCGGCGAGGGAAACCUUCCUGGGCAGCUCAACAAGGACUAUAUCUGGCCUACCACCGACUCCAUCGAUACUCUUGCCAGCACUGGUAUGAACACCUUCCGUGUGGGCUUCCGCAUGGAGCGUGUCACCCCUAGCGGUAUCAACGGUGCCAUUGACGAGGCCUACUUCAAGGGUCUUGAGAAUGUUGUCAAGCACAUCACCAGCAAGGGCAAAUAUGCCGUUCUUGACCCCCACAACUACGGCCGCUACAACGGCAACAUCAUGAAGAGUGCCGAGUUCGGCGCUUGGUGGUCCAAGUUUGCUAAGCGCUUCGCCAGCAACAAGUUGGUCAUCUUCGACACUAACAACGAGUACCACGACAUGGAUAACUCUGUCGUCGCUGCUCUCAACCAGGCUGCCAUUGACGGCAUCCGCAAGGCCGGCGCCACCUCUCAGUACAUCUUUGUCGAGGGUAACUCCUACACCGGUGCCCACAGCUGGAUCUCCAGCGGUAACGGUGACGCUCUCAAGAACCUUAAGGAUCCUCAGAACAAGAUCAUCUACGAGAUGCACCAGUACCUCGACUCCGACUACUCCGGCACCCACGAGACUUGUGUCAGCUCCACUAUUGGUGUAGACAGCCUGAAGGCGGCUACCAAGUGGCUGAAGGAUAACAAGAAGAGGGGUAUCAUUGGCGAGACUGCCGGCGGUGCCAACUCUCAGUGUAUCUCUGCUCUCAAGGGUGAGCUGCAGCACUUGCUUGACAACUCUGACGUCUGGACUGGCUGGCUCUACUGGGCUGCUGGCCCUUGGUGGGGUGAUUACAUGUUCAGCAUGGAGCCCAAGGAUGGUACUGCCUACAAGAAGAUUCUCCCUGAGAUCAAGAAGUACAUCGGUGCUUAA